AUGGGCAAAAAGUGCAAAAAGUCAGUGGGGCCAAAGCCUCUCGACUCUUCACAGAGCCAGGCCCAGGAUAGUGACACGAGUUAUCUGUUCUUUCACAUGCCCAAUGCCAAGCACGGGGAGUUCUGUCAAUGGUUUCCCUCCAUCUUCACCGUCAGCAAAGCGAAGAUAUCCGAGCUUGUCGGUCGUGAUAUCGACGAGGCAGAUCCAGAUGGAUCAAUCACGUUCAACUGCGCAGAGCAGUUCAUGAUGGUCUGCAAGGCUGUACGUUUCAACGAUAAAAGCCACCAGGCCGAGAUCCUGGCAACUUCGAGUCCCAGAACACAGAAGUUCCUCGGUCGGAAGAUUGUUGGCUUUACCCACGACGAGUGGGACCCCGUCAAGAGUAGAGUGGUCGAAGCGGGUAACAUGGCAAAGUUUACCCAGAACGAACAUCUCGGCCGCAAGCUGCUGGCCACAGGGGACCGAAUCCUCGUUGAGGCGGCAUCAAAGGACCGAGUCUGGGGCAUCGGCUAUAACGAAAACCGAGCCAUGGGCUUUCGACAGCAUUGGGGAGAGAACCUCCUGGGAAAGGCCUUGAUGGCAACGAGAGAGCAGUUGAGGAGGAACGAGUCGCGGAAACAGAGGGAUUGGUGGGUGGAGGAAAACUGA